GUUUACUUACGGAGCACACAGAAGCCACUUCUGAGCAUGGCUUUUUUUUUUCAAAUCACGUAAUUCAUGAAGAAUAAGAUAGUUCAAGAUUAAUGUAUACAUUUUAUUUCUGACUGGCAUGUGAUGGUCAACGCUGCACUGAACUGCUUCGUUAUUUAAACCAUGUGUCUGAACUCCAAGCGACAAUGCUUUGGCUCCUUUUGUGCAUCGUGGAUGUUCUUGUGGCCUCGUUUGAGGUGACUAUCCCUAAUAAACAUCUGCUGGCAAUUCAAGGUCGUCCAGCUGUACUGGGCUGUGAGUUCACACCGGAUCCUGACCUCUCCAGUCUCGUUGUUACCUGGCAACGACUGGAAGAUGCACAGGUUGUCCACAGUUACUAUUAUCAACAGGACCAAUUGGACAGACAGAGUCCAGAAUACCACACUCGGACCUCAUUGUAUGUUUCAGAGCUUCAUAAAGGAAAUGGCUCUCUAAGGAUUGCAGCAGUUAGACCAAAAGAUGCAGGCCAAUACAUGUGCAUAGUGAGCAACACAAAGGGAACAGGAAAAGACUUGAUGGAAGUGACCUAUGAAGCCUCAUUUGAGGUGACUAUCCCUAAUAAACAUCUGGUAGCAAUCCGAGGUCGUUCAGCUGUACUGGGCUGUGAGUUCACACCUGAUCCUGACCUCUCCAACUUGGUUAUUACCUGGCAAAGACAGGAAGAUGCACGGGUUGUCCACAGUUACUAUUAUCAACAGGACCAAUUGGACAGACAGAGUCCAGAAUACCAAACUCGGACCUCAUUGUAUGUUUCAGAGCUUCAUAAAGGAAAUGGCUCUCUAAGGAUUGCAGCAGUUAGACCAAAAGAUGCAGGUUGGUACCUGUGCACAGUGAGCAACACAAAGGGAACAGGAAGAGCCUUGAUGGAAGUGACCUAUGGAGCUCUUUACUCUGAGCCCAGGUUAAGCAUCCACGUAAACUCCUCUGCUUUGAAAGUGCAGUUUGAGACAGAAGGUUUUCCCAAACCUGAGGUGAUCUGGCUGGGGGAACAUGACCAGAACCUCAGCUAUAACCUGGAGAUCCACGGACAGACAGAAGAUGGACUUUAUUUCAUAAAGACCAUCUGUGAGGCCCAGAAGCCAGUGAUUAAUAUCUCAUUUACACUUAAAAAUCCCCUCCUGAACCAGAACCUGCAGAGACCAGUGGUUCUCAGCUAUGAUGAGGACACCACAGACCAUAUGGUCAUAGUACUUGCUGUCCUCUCAAUGGUUUGCAUUCUUCUGGUUAUUGGCAUCAUAUGGUUAGCAGUGCAGAAGCAGAACAAGCGGAGAUCUACCCUGUGAUGAACCGUGAGAAUUAAUGAAUGUGAUUUUGCUUGUUAACAAGCUUAGACAUGCUGAGAGGACUCAGUUUUUGUGGCUCAAUGUGAUUUAUUUCUUUGAUCUUGGCUGACGUGGAAUUGCUGUGGCUUGCUUUCAGCCCAGAUUUGGCAAACAGGAGCAGUCUGCACAAGUGCCCUCAUUCCAUGCUACCUGUGGGCCAGAUCAUAAUUCUACAGCUGCCAGAUGUGGGCUGGAACUGGGCCAACAAUAUGUUUCUAUCAUCUGGGUACUGGGUCAUUAGAACCCAUGGGUGAGCAUCCCCUAAUGGCCUCAAUAAUACCUCUUCCAGCAGCAACAUUUUUUUUUUGGUUUUCCCAGGAGGUCUCCCAUCCAGAGACUGACCAGGUUUAAUUCUGCUUAUCUUGAGUGGGCAACCAGUCUUGUGCUGCAGGGUGAUAUGACUGUGGGGAAAUUUAGGCAUGCAUACAUUACAAAUCCAGAUCAAAUAUAAUUUCACACAAUUUAAGCAUUGCACUCUGUCUGUAAACCUUUUUAGAAAUAGGUGUUAUCGUAAUUCUCUGUUCUCUUGUUUCGCAAUAAAUAUAGGGAGGGGACUGCCAUAUUGACAGCUUCGAUGAAUUGUAUUUAUAAGUAAAAAGGUUAUGGUCUUUAUUUUUCUCUUCAAUGCAGCUCAGUGAAAACAAUAUUUGUAGGGAAAACUGACAAACAGGUAUAGAAUUUCAUGAGGGUAUUAGAUUAUUACCACAUUUACAUCCUGGUAGUUCACCUUAAAAAAACUGAUAUUCUGUCAUCAGGUAUGCAUCUACAUGUCAUUUCAAUGUCAUUUCAAACCUGCAUGACGUACCGUCUUCUCUGAAACACAAAAUAUUUCGAGUUUUCAACUGUUUUGUCCACACAAUGAAAGUUAAUGCCAUUCAAAACAACACUGGAUACCCCUGACUUUCACUGUAUGGGCCAUAUUUAUUAUUAAACUGGAAUUGAUUUAACACUAUAUUGAUGUCAAGCUUGAAGCAUGUUUCUUGAGGAGGGAAAACAUUGAAGACCCUGCAGAGACAUGUAUGAAAUUCAUUCAAUCUCAAAUUCGUUCACACAGUGGUAGUGAUGCAUUUCACAAAUAUCAAUUGUUUAUUCAGUCCAGUCUGUAAAAACUAAGUGACCUAGGAAAAAUGUGUUGUAUGUUUUUGUUUUCUUUUAUUUUUGUAUUUUUUUUACUCUGCAGUCAAAUCACUGACACAUCGUAACUUGAAUGAUGGUGGUAACAAAACAAAUCUGUACUAACAAGGUUUAUGAAUACAGCUAGAUGCAUGACUUGCUUCAAAUGUCAUUCAGAGUAACCUGAAGCUGGUGAAAAUUACACACUACAUUUAGAACAAAUCACAACCCGGCAUCCUUCUGUUAGCUUAUGCAUUAAUAUAACGUAUUGUAGCAAUAAUUUUACAUAGUUGUUUAUUCAUCAAAUGUUAAAUUACUAUGUCCUUCAGUUUCAUAUUUUUAAGAUGGUCUUUGUCUUGGUUAAAAGUCAAGUAAACAAAAAAAACCUCCCAUUUUAUUUUGUUUGUUAACCUAUGACAUUACAUAUUUUUGGUAUAUAAUGUCACAGGUUAUUGGUAGUGUGGCAUAAUGCUAAAUAAACCAGUUAAAAUAUAUAUGUAUUUUUAUUUUCAUUCUUUUCUUCUGAGGUGAUGUGAAGAAUGUUUUUCUCAGUGACAUACAAAGGACUGUUAUUCUUAAGAUAAUAAACAUUACCUCAUGCA